AUGGCCGAUCAACUCACUGAAGAGCAAAUCGCCGAGUUCAAGGAGGCGUUCUCGCUGUUCGACAAGGACGGUGAUGGAACUAUCACUACCAAGGAACUUGGCACUGUGAUGCGAUCUCUAGGACAGAACCCGACAGAGGCCGAGUUGCAGGAUAUGAUCAACGAGGUCGAUGCUGAUGGAAACGGCACGAUCGACUUCCCGGAGUUUCUGUCGUUGAUGGCGCGUAAAAUGAAAGACACCGACACCGAAGAGGAACUCAUCGAAGCUUUCAAGGUGUUCGAUCGUGAUGGAAAUGGAUUCAUCUCCGCUGCCGAGCUGCGUCACGUUAUGACCAAUCUCGGCGAGAAACUCACCGAUGAGGAAGUCGAUGAGAUGAUUCGCGAGGCUGAUGUUGACGGUGAUGGACAAAUUAAUUACGAGGAGUUUGUUCGUAUGAUGAUGGCGAAGUAA